AUGGGUAAACUGAGCUUCCUUGUUGUGGGGGCGGUGGCCUUUUCUGCUGUCACUGCGCAGACGUUCAAGCGACUCGGUGCUUGUCCUGAUCUAGGCUGCGUUUUACCGCCUGAUCAAUCAGACUUCCUACCGGGACAAUACUUCGACCUUCGUCUCGAAGUACAUGCUCCAGUUAAUGGUUCGGAAGCUUUCAAUAACGGCGAACCGGAUGAGAAGUUCUCCGUCACUAUUAAUAAAGAGGGUGGCGAGUCUAAGACCAUCGCCGAGUUCUUCGACGUUGCCGAACCAGAGCUAGAGAAGUGGGACUUCAGUUGGCACGAAGAUCUCUUUGCCAAGGAUGCGGGAACGCCGUCUAUCGUCAAUGUCGCGUCGAAGAUCUAUCGGCAGCUCGCAAUUUACGAGCCGGGAAACUACGUCGUUACGCUGAACUAUUACGAUGGUCAGAAGACAACAGCUAACUGGGUUGUGCGACCACUGGCUACACAGAAAAAGGCCAAGAAUGUUAUUCUCUUCAUUGGUGAUGGUAUGACCACGAAUAUGAUCACGGCUGCGCGCCUACUUGGUCACAAGAGUAUCAACGGAAAAUACCAGUCUCUAUUACAGAUGGAUAAAUUCCCUGUUGUAGGACACCAAAUGACUCAUUCCAUCGAUAGUUUCAUUACUGAUAGUGCUAAUUCGGCAUCUGCCCUUUACACUGGACAUAAGAGCAGCGUCAAUGCUAUGGGUGUAUAUGUCGAUUCGUCUGCUGAUUUAUUUGACGACCCAAAAAUUGAGACUAUUGUUGAGUUAUUGAAGCGUACUUGGGACUCUGCUUGGGGUGCCGUCUCAACUGCAGCCAUCUCAGAUGCGACUCCUAUUGCCCUUACCGGCCAUAGCCGAUCGCGAUAUGCCUACGGUUCCCUCGUCGAUCAAGGAUUGAACUCGGUCACUAACUAUUCCUGGACGAAUCAGGGCGGUCCUGACGUUUGGUUCGGUGGAGGUGCCGAGCAGUUUUACCCGAAUUCCGACAGCUACGAAGGAAAAGAUUAUUAUGACGCAUUUUCCAAAGCCGGCUACGAAAUCAGCUUGAACAAGACUUCCUUGUUGGAACUUGGUAACAGCAGCAGGGCUCUCGGAAUCUUCUGCAAAUCUCAUUUCCCCGUCUGGUUAGACCGCAACAUCUUCACGGAGAAUUUAGACAGCUUUGAAAACGAUCCUCUAGGUUCGGAUAAUCCUGCCCUUGACCUUCCUGGUCUGAAGGAAAUGACCUUGAAGGCCAUCGAUAUUCUACAUACCCGCGGUGGUGAUAAGGGGUUUUUCCUCAUGUCCGAGGGCGCGUCUAUUGAUAAGCAGAUGCAUGCCUUAGACUAUGACCGUGCUCUUGGUGAUCUCCUUGAGCUUGACGACACGGUGCGCGCGACCAUUGACCACCUAAAAGCGAUAGGUGAAUUGGAGAAUACUCUGGUCCUUGUCACUGCCGACCAUGGCCAUGGAUUUGAUGUCUUCGGAGGCGUUGAUAACAAAUACCUUUCCGAGCAGGAGACUGAUCGUGACAAGCGUCGUGCCGUUGGUAUUUACGAACAAUCCGGAUUGUCACAGUACACUGUCCCGGUUGAGGGGGUUUCGUAUGGUACUGGCCCUAACUUCCCUGUUAACUGGGAUCCAAGGUACAGUUUAGCAGCAGGCCUCAGCGCCAACCCCGACCACCGCGAGAAUUACCGCAUACACAAGACACCGCGCAAGGUUGUCAGCAGCACGCCGGGCUUCAACAAGGACGACCUAUUCGUUAACGCCAAGGACAGUCCUGACGGAUUUGUUGUCAACGGCACACUGCCUGUUUCCGAGUCAGCGGGUGUGCACUCGCUCACCGAUGUAGCUGUUUUCGCUAUGGGGCCUUGUCAAUACGAUUUUGGGGGCACAUAUGGUAAUAUUGAUGUUUUCUAUAAGAUUGCGAGUUGCUUAGGUCUAGCGAGGCCGGAUAACAAACCUCCUACUAGUCCUGGAAGUGGAUGCAAGAAACAUUAG